UUCCAGCCCGGGAGCCGCUGCCUGUUGCCAGCCAGCCAGCCUUCGUGGAGCAGCUGCCGCUAAGCCGCCGCCGAGCACCGGGCGCCUGCCUGCAUGGGGACCGAGAGCGGCAGCGCCGGCGUCCUGCUGGGACAAGCGGGCAUCCUCAACUUGCAGACGGGCAACCUGCUCAACUGGGGCCGGCUGCGGAAGAAGUGCCCGGCGACCCCCAGCGAAGAGCUGCGGGAUUGCAUUAAGAAAACCUUAAAUGAAUGGAGUUCAAAGAUCAGCCCUGAUCUAAUGCAGGAAAUGCCAAAAAUCCUUGAAUGUACUCUAGCUCAAGCAAUAGAAAAGAUCAACCCUGAAGAAAGGGAAGAAUUGAAAGUUUCAGCAAAACUUUUUAUUGCAGGAUCAAACUCAUCAUCAAUCAGAGAAGCAGUCAAUAUGACAUGUUCUGCCCUUGGGGUAGACCAGUUAGAUUCUGUGAUUAUUGCUCCUCCUCCAACUGAAGAUGGAAUAAAUCUUUCCCUGGAGUAUUUACAGCCUUACUGGGCAGAGCUUGAAAACUUAGUUGAAAACAAAAAGAUCGUUGCCAUAGGGACUUCUGAUCUAGACAAAGCCCUGUUGGAGCAGCUGUUCUUGUGGGCACAGGUGAAGCCAAGUAGUAACCAGGUGAAUCUUGCUUCCUGUUGUGUGAUGCCGCCAGAUCUGACUGCCUUUGCAAAAGAAUUCGAUAUCCAGUUGCUAACUCAUAAUGAUCCAAAAGAACUGCUUUCUGAAGCAAGCUUCCAAGAAACUCUUCGGGAAAGUAUCCCAGAAUGCCAAGUACACGAAUGGAUUCCAUUGUGGCUUCUGCGUUAUUCAGUCAUUGUGAAGAGCAGAGGAAUUAUCAAAUCCAAAGGCUACAUCUUGCAAGCAAGAAGAAUAGCAUCAUCUUAAGACUUUCAACAGUGUCCUGGUUCUGAAAAGACCUUGUCUUUACAAAGCAUUGCACCAAGGUGCAAACUAGAGAGUUCAGAAGAACGAUUGUGAUAUUAUCAAGUGGUCAGUGAUGCCCAAAUUGUGGAGUGGCACAGACGUGACAGCAUAGUCGAUCCAUCGAUUUCCUUUCUUUUCUUACGUGCUUUUUGUACAGAGACCAGCUUGCUCAAAGGGGAAAUAGUUGUUUUCACUAAAGCAGAGUUAAUUUAGAGAUGAUAUAUAAAAUUAUUUGAAAUAUUUUAAUGAGUAAUAUAAACUAAAAAAAGUGUGACUACCUAUAUUUUGAUUGAAAUAUUUUUUAUUUGUAAGAAGGACUAGGCCCUUGUUUUCUUAUUGUUGCUGCUAUGGGGGCAGAAGAAGAUUUAACAGUGCUGGUAGAAUGAAUAGCUUUCCAGCUUAAGCCUGUGGGGAAAAACAAAGUAUAUGCAAGCAGAAUUGCUCAAUAUAGUCAUGAAUGUAUAUUUGAUGUUUUCCACAUAAUGGUAAAGGUUGUAUGCCUCUUGUACAAAGGUUAAAUUAACCUUCUGUUUUUCUGAGGCACGUUCCUCUGAGAGGCGCAUCCCUCUUGUACUUGGCUUAUGACCAAGAGCACUGGUGGAAGAACACUGAAAACAAAGUUUAACUUUUUUAAAGUUUGGCUGUUAUUGUUUUUUUCUGGUGGUUUAGGAACUAGACACGUUUUGAAAACUAUAAAAGGCUAAGGCUUGAUAUGUUUAUAUAAACCCUGGCAUUGCAUACACAGUAGAUUAUGGUGCAAUGAAUUUGUCUUACUUUGCAGUCACAAAGAGAACUGUGCUGUCUCCAAGCCAACCAGAGGUCUGGCCAGAAAGUUACCAUUAUUCAAACAACAUGCUAUUUAAACAAGCUUAAACAUAAUGCAGUAGUGAAGAAUUUCCUGGGUGAUGGCGAACUUUAUCUGGAAUUAAAAAUUUUACAUUCAUAUCACAAAUAAUGUUUGUCAAAGACAGCUAGAAUGUACAAUUUUUUUUGUAUUGUCCAUAAUAUAUCUUCACAAGUUAAUCAUUCCACUGGGUAAACAUCUCAUGCUUUUAUUUAUAAAGAUUUUGAAUAAGAGUACUGAGCAUAUGGGGAUGUUUUUGUCUAAUGUAUUGUAAGCAUGUAGCUGACAUGUCAGUCAUCAGCUUUUACAUGGAAGUUCACUUCCAUCAGAAUUAUUGGGCAUUACUAAUUAAUGAUGCAUGAGGUUUAUAAAGUAGUUGUUUGGGAGCAGUCUUGGACAACUAAUGGAAUAGACUUAAGUGCAACAUUUCUGACGGUUCUGGAGUAAACUUUGACUUGCUGCUUAAAACAUUUGAAUAGUUCUAGAGAGUGAUUAAAUAAUAGGAUGUGUAUAUUGAAUGUGCAGGAAAACGUUUAUAUGCAAAAUUAGGAUUGAUUACAAAACUUUUGAACUUUGUAGAGAGACAAAAUUGUAUGUAGUCCUGUUUCAAAAUUAACUAAUGGUUUUACUUAAAUCUUUUGUGCCGAAUGUGCUUUUUACUAGUUUGAGAUUAUUAUUGUUGAUAAAGGAUGUUUGCUUUUACAGAAACCUGCUGGUGACAGCUUGUCCUUUGCAUCAGUGCAUUCAGGUUCUGUUCCAGUUUAGAAAACAAUAAACACUUUGGCCUCUUU